AUGCCACCACGAUCCCGCAAUGUGACGUCCGGCGCCGUCUCCGAAUCCUCCCCGCUGAGCCCGAGAAGAAGCGACCCAACGAAGAACAAAAAGAGAGACAUUGACGAGCUGCAAGAGCAGAGCUCACCGCUGAGGCGAUCCAAGCGGUUCAAGUCGACCGAGGCAUUAAAUGCUUCGCCAGUCCCAGGCCAGUCCGAAAUCAUCGACGGCCCAUCUGCUGUCGAUUUGAGGCAAAAGAAGCCGGGAGUGUCUCCACAAAAGAGGAAAUCACAGCCUAGAGUUUCGGUAAAGGAAGAAGUCGAGGAGGACAUCGAGAUAACCGUUAAUACGAAGCUGGAAAAAGGGAGUCAGGCAGAGCCAGACAACGCAGAUCAGACCACUACAGUGACGGGAAAGAUCUCGAGAAAGAGGAAGACCAAGCGGGAAAAGGAGCUCGAGAUGCCUCCUCUGAGAGCCAGAACUCAAGGUGUGCGCAUUGGUAACUCAUUCGCCCUCUUCCUAAAAUCGCAGAGGAAGUGGGAAAACCCUCCCCUGCAAGAUGAUCAUCGAGAUCAGUUCCGUCAGAUGUGUCUGGAACACAAGUAUGACGGCGCAAAGCACAUACUCCCCCAUGGCUCAUAUCUCGUCAACCUAGCACAAGAGGACAAGACCAAGGCCAAGCAGGCAUACGAUUCGUUCGUAGACGAUCUCCGCCGCUGCGAAGCGCUUGGAAUCACUCUCUACAACUUCCACCCCGGAAGCGCCAACCAAAGCAGCCUCUCGGAGGCCCUCUCAAGGCUCGCCAAGGCCCUGACCAACGCCCUCGAAGCCACCUCAACCGUCGUCCCCGUCCUCGAGACGAUGUGCGGCCACGGCACCACAAUCGGCGGCUACCUCCCCGAGUUCCGGGAUCUCCUCGCCCUAAUCCCGCGCGAGCACCACCCCCGCAUCGGCAUCUGCAUCGACACCUGCCACAGCUUCGCAGCAGGAUACGACCUCUCCUCGCCAGCAGGCUACCAGUCCUUCAUGAAGGAAUUCGAAGACCAAAUCGGCCUGCAGCAUCUCCGCGCCCUGCACCUCAACGACUCCAAAGCCCCGCGCGGCAGCAAGCGCGACCUCCACGCCAACAUCGGCACAGGCUUUUUGGGUCUUCGCGCCUUCCACAACAUCAUGAACGACCCGCGCCUCGAAGGCCUUCCCAUGAUCCUCGAGACGCCCAUCGACCGCCCCGCCAACCCAACCGCCGCCGCAAACAUCAAGGACGAAGCAAGUGACGCCGAGGCCGACCCGGCCGCUGACUCCGAAGUUGAACCCGAGCAAAACAGCAAGAAAAAGACCCCCAAGCGGACCAAGUCCAAACCCGCCGGCGCGAAGGCUCUCGUUCCGGACCCAUCCGUCUGGGCCCGCGAAAUCGCCCUCCUCGAGUCCCUCAUCGGCAUGGACCCCGAAAGCCCCGAGUUCAAGGCCCUCGAGGCCCAGCUCGCCGAGGAGGGCCGCGAAUUCCGCGCGAAACACCAGGAGCAGUAUGAGCGGAAACUGGCGGCCGAAGAGAAGAAGAAGAAUAAAGCUGCGGGCGCGGGGAAGGGCCAGAAGACGGAAGGGGCUAAAAAGGAGGCUGAGAGCGAGAGCGAGAAUGAGUUAGAGAGUGAGGAUGAAGGAUGUCAGAGCCAUUGA